UUUAAUUCCGUUCAUUUGUUUUACCUUUUUCGCACAUUGUAUAAAUGAUCUGAUCAUUUGGAACAAAUUAAUAGUUGUUACUGUUUUUUUAACACACUACAUGAUGUAUUUUCGUAAAAGUUAACAAAACUCAGAGAGAAAUAAUUUUUAAAACUAUCCUUUGCUCCAGAUUUUCUGAUGGAAGGUCAUGACGGUUAGUGAUGCACUUUAAAACAUGUUUGGCAGACAGAGUGCUCUCACGUUAGAAAAAUGAACAUUUCCUUCUGUGGCGCCGGAUUCUUAGGCAUAUACCAUAUGGGUGUAUUAAAGGCUCUACGUAGCAGCGCGCCCAAGUUCCUGUCGAGGAUUGAGCGAGUGGGCGGUGCGUCAGCGGGCUCUCUUGCAGGAGUUGUACUGGUUUGUGAACCAGAGAAAGUCGAAGAGUGUACACAGUUUAACCUCGCCUUAUCGGACGAAGUGAGGCGGAAGCCACUUGGGUCAUUCACUCCUAAUUACAACCUGCUGGAUUCGGUGCGGGCAUUUAUCGACAGUACCUUGUCACAUGAUGCUCACCAUAGAGCCAAUGGCAUUCUUUAUAUUUCUCUGACGUCAUUUGAUGGGCGGAGUCUACCAAAGAACACAGUCGUGUCAAAAUACACCUCAAGAGAUGAACUCAUUCAGUGUCUGAUCAGCAGCUGCUACAUUCCCGGUUACAUCGGCCUGGCACCCCCAAAAAUUGAUGGAAAGUUCCAAACGGACGGAGGGUUAACGAACAAUCUCAUCACAUUUCCGGACGGCCGAACAGUAACAGUUUCUCCAUUCUCCGGGCAUCAAGACAUCUGUCCGAAAGACGAUAUAGGUCGAAAUAUGCAUGUUCACAUGAAAAACCAAACAUUCCGAGUAAACCAGAAGAACGGGGCACGCGCUGUGCACGCGAUGUUCCCACCGUCACGUGAUGUUCUUGUGCGAUAUUUCGAACAGGGUUACAGCGAUGCCAUGGUUUUUGUUAUGACAGAAAAAUUAAGCUAAUAGACUGAAAUGAGGUGUUGCAAUAUUUGAAAUUAAAGGCCUAGUUAAAGCCUUCUAUAAGUCCACCCCCCCCCCCCACCCAAAUCGGUGUAUAGUACACAACCUCUGUGUAUUGAUCUAAAUCAACUUGCCUUGAUCUCUCUUAUCAGAUCUCCAAUCUGAGUCUCAGUUUUGGAACUUUCAUUAUAUUGUUGCACCCUAAAUGGCCCUAAACUAAUAUACAGGAAACUGGCCCCUACUGUGACACCAGUGCAAUUAGCAGAAGAUGCAUAGCGGGGGAUUAUCAUGCCAAACAUUCCUUCGACUAGGUCUUUAAGAGUGUUUUUAAUGCCAAAUAAAUAACACCAUAUGCCAAGCCAAAGACAGUGGCUCCGAUGUGUGUGUGUACGUGCGUGCGUGCGUGCGUGCGUGCGUGCGUGUGUGCGUGUGUUACAUAUGAGUUGUUUAAGCGAAUUAAAACACAUCUGAAUUAACUUGUUUGAUAAUUUUAGCAUUGAUUCUCCUGAAUAUAAUAGAGUCAUGAA